CGUCGCUGAGACACCGAAACGUGCAGGGUAGUUUCGCACGUUGGAACGCUGCAACAAACUAGCCGCAAGUGUAAGCACACAAACGUUUUUGCAAACUUAACUUCUUUUACCAGGGGCACAUUACGGGAAGCUCUUAAAAUCUUUUGAAAAACACUUUUCAACUUGAUGGUAAUAAAAAAGAACUAAGUAGAUUAACCCUGCAUUUGAUUGCACGCAAGUAGCUGAAAAAGACAGCGCUGCUCUGGCUGCUAAUUUCGUGUUGAGUGUAAAUAUUGACCUCGAGUUUCUGCACCUAAAAUGAAGCCGCUAGAAACGGCUUGCUAGCUCUAAAUGAGAUACGAGAUCUAUAAGAAUUUACUUACCAGUCGUUUCAACUGCAAGUGGCCGCAGUUUACUGAAAUCUUCCGUCGUUUAGCCACGGACUAAACCCUGUGUUGCGUGAUGAAAGCCCGUGCGUGAUUUGAGUCCCGUCACGCAACUGUACAGACAAGGAUAAAUCAUCGCACGAGUGUACAAGAAAAAAUAAAAUGACAAUUAACACUGCUUUUUUUAAAAUUAUUUUUAUAUUUUAUAUUCCCCAAAACAGGUCGAAAUAAACUUGAUUUUAGGAUACACAAGCCGAAACUCAAACAGAGAAAGAAAACAAAUAGAGUAAGCCGAGUCUGCAAAACGUUUCACACUAGUUUUCUUUUCAUUGCACUUAGCCUUCUGAGCCUUUGGUUUUUAUUAACUAAUCUUAACCCCGCUUGGAGUAUAGACUUCUCUAUCGAUCACCUCAGUAUGAAUUGAGGGAUUUAGGUACACACGUACGCCAUAUGCAGCAUGAAGGUAGAGCAGGGAAAUGGAAACGAGUAAAAAACUGGUUUAAGAAAAAUUGUCCAAUGCUCCGCAAAGAACAUUCCUGAAAAACCACAAAUCGACAAUGGACAAUGGACACAUUUAAUGAGCGAAAUACAAGUAUUUAACAUGUUUAAAUUACUGAAAGUAGUAUUGCUUUGCUCCUCUGCAGCAAGGGUAUCUUCUGGCUAGACCUCAACCUGCUGUUGACGAUCUGAUCUCCCGCCCCUUAAAGGCCAGUCUACAUAUUAUGGCGUUAGACCAGAAUGCACGUACAUGCUAGCUCCCGCCUAAAAAAAGGAAUAGUCACCUGGCUCUCUCCGCCACUACCCCCCGGCACUUGUUCGCAGGCUAGAAAAUAAACCAAUUCACUGACAAGUUCUUUUUCAUAACGUCAAAAUCCGUCGCCUAAAUGAAAAAAUGCUUUAAAAUGUCUCAGCCAUUUUACUUAUCAUCUUUUAACCAAAUCAGAAAAUAGCAUUUCAUAUCGAUUUAAAAUUUCAGAUGGAGAAUGCCCUUUUCGCUAGGUCUGCACCAGCAGAGACCUGUGUGCUAAAACUCCUUCGUGGUGGUAUCCCUCAGGCAAAAACGACUGCCUAGCAGCGAAGGGCGAGGGGAGAAGUCCGUGGCCAUUUUCGAAAAGAAAAAGAAGUGUAAAGACUGCACCUUCGUCGCUCAGAAAACGUCUGCGUAUAUCAUUUUCUUCAGGCCGCGCAGAGUCAUUAAUUAAUGUGCCCUUACGGACCCCUUUUAAAGGAGCAGACAGUAGGCGGUUCUGGAACGGUACAACGUGAUUUGUGCUCCGCCACCCGAAACCAAACAUUUAGCGCUGGUGAGUAAAAACUUCUAUUUUCAUGCGCCAAUUUUGUGGAGCAAACAAAGUCUGCUAGCUCUAAGUGGAGUGAUAAAGACUUGAAUUUUUGUAUGUGUACCAACCCACCCAUCUCCUCCUCUCGCCCUAGCUAAACUUAAACAAGCUAAGUAGACUUUUCGUGAAGUUAGCAUAGUCACCUGAGACCUCUUGUAAAGUGCACUAAAAUAAUAGCAAGCACUUUCGUAGCCUGUUCACAGACCCCCUACUUUUUCUUUAGAGAUCGUCGAUCUAUUUUCUCUUUGAUCGUCGAUGAUUUUCUCGUAUGAAAAUAAAAACCGCAUGGGAUUUAUUGACUAUUAGCGCAAGGAGAUCUCUCUCGCGCGCUCGCUUCGCUUGCGUGCUCGUCUAUUUUCGAAACGAAAAAGGAGUGUAAAAGCUGCACCUUCGUCGCUCAGAAAACGUCUGCGUAAAUCAUUUCCUUCAGGCCAUACAGAGUCAUCAAUCAAUGUGCCUUUAUGGACCCCUCUAUGAGCAGCCAGUAGCCUGAUCUAGAACGGUACCACGUGAUUUGUUGCACCGCCACCCAGAACCAAACAUUUAGCGGUGGUGAGGAAAAACUCUUAUGUUCAUGGGCCAAUUUCGUGGAUCAAACAAAGGUCACCUAACGUAAAUGCAGAAAACCUUACUUCUAUCAUUAACAUACUGACUAACAAGUCAAGAGCAUACCAAGUGACUCACGACAUCUUUUCUAUGAUCGCAAUACAUUCAGCAUUACUGGGGCCACAGGCGCCACAAACCAAGUUUGAAUAUGUGCGAGAUGCUAUACGAACAAACAACAAAGACUUGCAC